AUGGCACACGCUUUGCCUGCGGAUUAUUUUGAUGACGUUACAAAGGGCAAGACCAAGCCCAAGAAAUCUAAGAAAUCCAAGGAGAUGCCGAAGCAAAAGCAGACAGAAUCAGGACCGGGAGACCUAAUACCACAAGGUAAAGGGGCUUCAGAAUCUGAAUCAGAACAGGGGGCAGACUCUGGACGAGAAGAUUCAGAUGGCCGAGACACAGAUGAUUCCCUGCGCGAAUUGCGAAAGUCGGCGGCUGAAUUCCAGGAAUACAAAGACCGGAAGAAGAUCGGCAAACGAAAAUUUACGCUGGAAAAGAAGUCUAAGAGUUCUAGCGGAGACGAGGAUCAGUCAUCGCCGGAAUUUGAAAAACCAGACUGA